GGCCAGGCUGAGGCUCUGCGUAGUUAGAAGCCAUAAAAUACAAUAAUUACUUAACCUAGUAACUACGUCUUGAAUAACACAACUACGGAAUGGCGUCAAACCUACCGAGCACGACUGCGGUGAAACCGCUAUCCAUGAUGAAAAAAUUGUCUCCGUUCGUUUACAUCUACGAACCCGAGUCCGUCGUUACACCGGAAACUACCCGCUUGCGAGUCCCGAAGCUGAUCUUCGUUGCAUCGUGGAUGGAUGCACAAGACUUGCACAUUGUCAAGUAUAUCACGCGUUACCAGGCCGUUUAUCCUACCUCCACGAUUGUAUUGGCCAAGUUCGUCCUCAAGGAAUCCGUGUCUCCAUCCCUGUUACGAAACGCUGUCGAACCUGCUUUCACAUACCUUCGGUCCCAGUUAGAUGCCGGUUUUCUAUCCGCAUCACCACGCGAGCCUGAGAUACUCAUGCAUCUAUUUUCGAACGGUGGUUCGACCACUAUACGGACGUUAUACGAAUUAUUCCAAUUUCGAACGGGGCGCCCCUUUCCACUUCAUGCGGCAGUAUACGACUCAUGUCCCGGGAUAUUUUCCUUUUCGACUAUUUACAGCGUUUUGAUUCUCAACUUUCCAAGGGGCUUCCUCCGAUUCAUAGCAACUCCUAUCAUCAUCCUUUUUGUUACCUGCCUUUGGAUCAUACACGCUUUCAGAUUUAUCACUGGCGAGGACUACCUUUCUGCAAACUGGAGAGUUUUCAACGAUCUGGACUUGGUCAAGCAGACGAAUCGUGCGUAUAUAUAUAGCAAAGCCGAUGUCAUGGUAGACUGGAGGCAUGUGGAAAUGCAUGCAAGGCAAGCUGCCGCAGAGGGACUAGACGUGCGUACAGAGGUUUUUGAACAUAGUACACAUGUAUCGCAUAUGAGAACGGAUGGCGAACGAUACUGGAAGAUUGUAACGGAAACAUGGGAAAGGGCUAGAGCAACGUAGUAAUGGGAAAAGUACAUGUUAGAGGUAUGAGUAUAUGUGGGUAUAGCAAGGGUAUACCUACUGGUUAGUAUGAGGCUCUACACUACUGUCUAUGUAAAGGGUAGCCAGCUCCUUCGAGGGAGGUUAGAAGCCCAGGCGUUACUAGAUCUCUACAAUAGACUACAU